AUGGCUGGUGGUGUUGAAGACGAUCCAAAUUUAAAAGGUUUAAGCAGAAUAUUCAACAGUCAAACAAACAGGGGACGGGCAAAUGUAAAUUUAAACAAAAUGGCCGGAGAUGCAGUUGAUGAAUCCCAGUUCAAGGGUCUCUCCAAGUACUUCAACAGCCAGACAAAUAGAGGCAGAGGAAAUACAGCAAAAGCCACAUACGCAUUCUUCGGUGUAGUAAUAUUAUAUUUUACUCUGAAACCUAAGAAGCAAGCGGCACCUGCGACAAAAUAG